UGGUGCAACCCGGAGAGACCUGGCUGUAUACUUUCUCUUUUCCUCUCCCCUCCCUUCCAUCAGUGGAAGACAGGGGUACAGGCCGGGCCAUGAGGCUUCCCUUAAUCCUGGCUAUUAUCUCGGCCAUUCCGGUCACUGUUCAGCUAUUGGACACGAGGCAAUUCUUAAUAUACAAUGAAGACCACAAGCGGUGUGUGGAUGCUCUAAGUGCCAGCUCAGUUCAGACAUCAAGUUGCAACCCAGAAGCUGAAUCCCAGAAAUUCCGCUGGGUGUCGGAAUCACAGGUUAUGAGUGUCUCUUUCAAAUUAUGCUUGGGAGUGUCAUCAAAAACCGACUGGGCCUCAGUCACUCUGUAUGCCUGUGACUCAAAAAGCGAAUUUCAGAAAUGGGAGUGCAAAAAUGACACACUCUUUGGAAUCAAGGGCACAGAGUUGUAUUUUAAUUAUGGCAACAGGCAAGAAAAGAAUAUCAAGCUUUAUAAAGGUUCUGGUUUGUGGAGCAGAUGGAAGGUCUACGGAACCACAGAUGACUUGUGCUCCAGGGGUUAUGAAGCCAUGUACUCCUUACUGGGCAAUGCAAAUGGAGCCAUCUGUGCAUUUCCAUUCAAGUUUGAAAACAAGUGGUACGCAGACUGCACCAGUGCUGGGCGCUCAGAUGGAUGGCUCUGGUGUGGAACCACCACUGACUAUGACGCUGACAAGCUGUUUGGAUUUUGUCCAUUGCAAUUUGAGGGCAGCGAGAGGUUAUGGACUAAAGACCCAUUGACCGGCAUUCUUUACCAGAUAAACUCUGGGUCUGCCUUAACCUGGCAUCAGGCAAGGGAAAGCUGCAAACAGCAGAAUGCCGAGCUCUUGAGUAUCACGGAGAUUCACGAGCAAACAUACCUGACAGGAUUGACUAGUUCCUUGAGCUCAGGACUCUGGAUUGGACUCAACAGCCUGAGUUUCAGCAGUGGUUGGCAGUGGAGUGGAGGCAGCCCGUUCCGAUAUCUGAACUGGCUACCUGGAAGUCCAUCAUCUGAACCUGGAAAGAGCUGUGUGUCACUAAACCCUGGAAAAAAUGCAAAGUGGGAGAAUCUGGAAUGUGUUCAGAAGCUGGGCUACAUUUGUAAAAAGGGCAACAACACUUUGAAUCCAUUUAUUAUUCCCUCAGCAAGUGAUGUACCUACUGGCUGCCCUAGUCAGUGGUGGCCUUAUGCUGGCUACUGCUACAAGAUCUAUAGGGAAGAGAAGAAGAUCCAGAGAUACGCCUUGCAAGCCUGUCGGAAGGAAGGAGGUGACCUGGCAAGUAUCCACAGCAUCGAGGAAUUUGACUUCAUCUUCUCCCAGCUAGGAUAUGAGCCACAUGAUGAGCUGUGGAUUGGUUUAAAUGACAUCAAGGUUCAAAUGUACUUUGAGUGGAGCGAUGGGACCCCAGUGACAUUUACCAAAUGGCUUCGUGGAGAACCGAGCCAUGAGAACAACAGGCAGGAGGACUGCGUGGUGAUGAAGGGCAAGGAUGCGUACUGGGCAGACAGAGCCUGUGAGCAACCACUUGGUUACAUCUGUAAGAUGGCAUCCCAAGCCCAUGCUCCAGCACCAGCCGAGGCAGAAAGAGGCUGCCGGAAAGGCUGGAAAAGGCAUGGUUUUUACUGCUACUUCAUUGGACACACCCCUGCAACAUUUGCUGAUGCAAACCAGACAUGCACAAAUGAGAAAGCUUAUUUAACAACGGUUGAAGACAGAUAUGAACAAGCAUUCCUGACUAGUUUGGUUGGAUUGAGGCCUGAAAAGUAUUUCUGGACGGGACUUUCAGAUGUCCAAAACAAAGGGGUAUUUCGAUGGACCGUGGAAGAGCAGGUGCAGUUCACACACUGGAAUGCCGACAUGCCAGGAAGAAAGACAGGGUGUGUUGCCAUGAAAACUGGGGUGGCAGGUGGUUUAUGGGACAUUUUGAAAUGUGAAGAAAAGGCAAAAUUUGUGUGCAAACAUUGGGCAGAAGGAGUGACUCGCCCACCAGAGCCCACAACAACUCCUGAACCCAAAUGCCCGGAAGACUGGGGUACCACCAGCAAAACCAGCAUGUGCUUCAAGCUGUACGCAAAAGGAAAACACGAGAAGAAAACAUGGUUUGAGUCUCGAGAUUUUUGCAGAGCAAUAGGUGGCGAGCUGGCAAGUAUUAAGAAUAAAGAUGAACAACAGGUGAUCUGGAGGCUGAUUACGGCCAGUGGAAGCUACCAUGAGCUGUUUUGGUUGGGACUGACCUAUGGAAGUCCUUCAGAGGGGUUCACCUGGAGUGAUGGUUCUCCUGUUUCCUAUGAAAAUUGGGCUUAUGGUGAGCCAAAUAAUUACCAAAAUGUUGAGUACUGUGGUGAACUGAAAGGAGACCCUGGUAUGUCCUGGAAUGAUAUUAACUGUGAACACCUCAACAACUGGAUUUGUCAGAUACAAAAAGGAAAAACAUUACUAGCUGAGCCCACACCUGCACCUCAAGACAAUCCACCAGUUACUGCAGAUGGGUGGGUCAUUUACAAAGACUACCAGUAUUAUUUUAGCAAAGAGAAGGACACCAUGGACAACGCACGGGCAUUUUGCAAGAAGAAUUUUGGUGAUCUUGCUACAAUUAAAAGUGAAAGUGAAAAGAAGUUCCUGUGGAAAUAUAUGAACAAGAAUGGCGCACAGUCACCAUAUUUUAUUGGCUUGUUGAUCAGCUUGGAUAAGAAGUUCAUUUGGAUGGAUGGAAGCAAAGUAGAUUUUGUGGCUUGGGCUACAGGGGAGCCCAACUUCGCAAACGACGACGAAAACUGUGUAGUGAUGUACACAAAUUCAGGUUUCUGGAAUGACAUCAACUGUGGUUUUCCAAAUAACUUCAUCUGCCAGCGACAUAACAGCAGCAUCAAUGCCACUGCCAUUCCCACCACACCCCCGACACCGGGUGGCUGCAAGGAAGGUUGGCAUUUGUACAACAACAAGUGCUUAAGGAUUUUUGGAUUUGCUGAAGAGGAGAAAAAAAAUUGGCAAGAGGCACGAAAAACUUGCAUAGGAUUUAAAGGAAACCUAGUGUCCAUACAGAAUGCGAAGGAGCAAGCAUUUAUUACCUAUCACAUGAAAGAUUCCACUUUUAAUGCCUGGAUUGGGCUAAAUGAUGUCAAUUCAGAACACACGUUCCUUUGGACAGAUGGACGAGGAGUUCAUUAUACAAACUGGGGGAAAGGUUACCCUGGUGGAAGAAGAAGCAGCUUGUCUUACGAAGAUGCUGACUGUGUUGUUAUGAUUGGUGGCAAGUCUCGAGAGGCAGGGGCGUGGAUGGAUAACACUUGUGACAGUAAGCAAGGCUAUAUAUGCCAGACACAGCCUGACCCUUCCUUGCCUGUUUCUCCAACCACAGUCCCAACAGAUGGCUUUGUUACAUAUGGUAAAAGCAGCUAUUCCCUCAUGAAAGUGAAGUUACCAUGGCAUGAAGCAGAGAAAUAUUGCAAGGAUCAUACUUCCCUGCUUGCUAGCAUUCUAGACCCCUACAGUAAUGCAUUUGCAUGGAUGAAAAUGCACCCAUUUAAUGUACCCACAUGGAUUGCCCUGAACAGCAACUUGACUAAUAAUGAGUAUACGUGGACUGAUAAAUGGAGGGUGAGGUACACUAACUGGGCUGCUGAUGAGCCCAAGCUGAAGUCAGCAUGCGUCUACAUGGAUGUUGAUGGCUACUGGAAGACAUCGUACUGCAAUGAAAGCUUUUAUUUUCUCUGCAAAAAAUCAGAUGAAACCCCUGCUACUGAACCUCCACAACUGCCUGGUAAGUGCCCAGAGUCAGAGCAGACGGCAUGGAUUCCUUUUCACAGCCACUGCUACUAUAUCGAGUCUUCAUUUACAAGGAAUUGGGGCCAGGCUUCCCUGGAAUGUCUCCGAAUGGGUGCCUCCCUGGCUUCCAUCGAAACGGCUGCUGAAUCCAGUUUUCUGUCAUAUCGUGUUGAACCACUUAAAAGUAAAACCAAUUUUUGGAUAGGCAUGUUCCGAAAUGUUGAAGGGAAGUGGCUUUGGUUGAAUAAUAAUCCUGUCUCCUUUGUCAACUGGAAUACGGGCGAUCCCUCUGGUGAACGGAAUGAUUGUGUAGUUUUAUCUUCAUCUUCUGGGUUUUGGAAUAAUAUCCACUGUACUUCCUACAAAGGAUUUAUUUGUAAAAUGCCAAAAAUUGUUGACCCCAUGGCUACACAUUCAUCCAUCACAACGAAAGCUGACCAAAGGAAGAUGGAUCCUCAACCCAAGAGGUCUUCCAGAACGGCUGGAGUAGUCAUUGUGGUCCUCCUGAUUCUGAUGGGUGCUGGCGUUGCUGCUUAUUUCCUUUAUAAGAAAAGGCGUGUGCUGAACAUACCUCAAGAGGCCACCUUUGAAAACACUCUUUACUUUGACAGUCAUCAGAGUCCAGGAGUAAGUGACACAAAAGAUCUCAUGGGCAACAUCGAACAGAAUGAGCAUGCGGUCAUCUAGCACCGAACUGCAACUGUCUUCUAUUUUAAUUUCAUGAAGUUUUAACUAAAGUCUUCAGUUUGUUACUGCAGUGUGAUUGUCUCUUUUAAAAUUAGUACUGGGUUGCCCCAGUCUGUCUUCUUUCUUCAUCUCAUGGAGACAACAAUUGCUCAUUUUCUAGUCUGGCGAGAUUUGUUUCUUUUCUUUUC